AUGAAUAAUUAUGUGGCUUUAUGGUGCAUAUUCAUCUGGAUUAAUGAUGUUCUUGGGGAAAGUGUUGGCUUCCCGGAAAAGCGUCUGCUGCGGGAAUUAUUUCAGGAAUACAACUCGAUGACGAGGCCUGUCCAAAACUAUAGCGAUGUUGUCACCGUAAACUUCGGUAUAUCGCUCAAUCAGAUCCUAGACUUGGAUGAAAAGAAACAGAUCAUAACCACGUCUGUGUGGGUAAAAGAAAUUUGGCAUGAUGAAUCUUUGACAUGGGAGCCGGAGAAAUAUGAAAACACAACACGACUGAUUGUGUCAUCCACUGAACUAUGGUUACCGGACGUGUUUAUCUUCAAUACGGCUGGUGGACACGCAGAGGGGUUUGUGAACGUAACCGGAAGCAAACUUCUUAUAGAGAAUUCUGGUAUGGUCACAUGGACAGUUCCCUUGAUGAUAAAGAGUUCCUGUCCCGUAGAUGUGACGUAUUUUCCAUACGACCAGCAGACGUGUGAAAUCCAUUUUGGGUCUUGGAUUUAUGACGUCACUAAAGUCGACUUGCAACUUCUGUCCAAAAAACCGAACCUGCAGCAAUACAUACUGAAUAAUGAAUUUGAUCUCCUGGGUGUGAAUUUAUACAGAACUAUGGUAGACGAGACAUGUUGCCCGGGAACAGGCUCUCACCCAAUCAUCCAUUUUCAAAUGACCAUCAAACGGAAAUCCAUUUAUUAUGACUAUAUUGUAAUAGCCCCAACAAUCAUGCUUUGUAUUUUGACCUUGGCAUCUUUCUGGCUGCCGUGUCACCAUGGAGAGAAGAUAGCCAUAGGUUUGACUGUAUUCCUCACUCUUUAUGUCCUACAACUUCUAAUUGCCGAGAACGUACCAGAUACAAAUACAACACCAGUUCUAGGUGUCUUCCUCUUUCUGGUAAUGACCCUCAACUGUAUAUCCUUGAUAAUGGCAACGCUGGUAAUGAGUAUAAAGAGACGAUCAACACUCAAACCAGUCCCCAAAGUACCACCCAUAAUGUUAUGGGUCUGCAAGCAGAUUCUGGGGAAAAUUACCUGUACACCACCGGAGUCUCGUUUCCAUAGAUACAACCUCUGUGAUGAUGACGAGGAGCCAGUUGAGACUAUUGAUUCAACAGCAUCAUGGGCUUCCUUAGAUUACUUACUUCAUGAAUUUGAAGAGGAUAUGGAUGAAGAAGAUGCGUUAUCUAUCCACCUUUCACCUAACAUUGAUAAUAAGGACAUGUCCCACAAUGGGGUCGUAGCCAGUGCUUUAUCCUAUAGACGAACUCUCAAAAACAGACAGUCAUACCGGAGAGCUAUACAAAGCGAAAACACGCCAAACAAAACCCUGUCCACUUCCCAGAACAAUGUGAAUAACAGGUCGACUCCAAAGCCCAUAUCCAAAGUCAGUUCGGAUUGUUCGGUCAGGAAACAACAGUGGUGCUACGUGGCUGAGACAGUAGACAAGGCUUCCUUUAUUGUGUAUUUUGCCAGCAUGUUUGUCACAAUCUUAACUGUUCUAGUAUUUGUGCCAAGUUUGCAGAGCGUUAACACCUGAC